AUUCUCUGCCUCUCUCACACACGCGAUACACCAGAACUUCUUCCCAUCCCCACCUCAUGGAUUCUCUUCCCCCCGAAACCCUAGCUCCCACUCCUACUCCCUAUGAUGCGUUGGAUUACACCAAGAACUCCAGUAACCAGCAUCCGCCGCCUGAUUUUGGCUCAGCACCUCCACCCCCGCCCCCGCCGUCCGAUUCCGACCACAAUUUUUCUCAUCAACUUCAAAUCGUAUGUCAAACGGAUCCCAAGCCAGACACAACAGAUCCGAAGCCUGAUAAUGGCGGCGUUAGGAGUGUUACUACGGAAAAGGAUAACUCUGGCGUGGAGGAGGAUACAACAAGCAGGAGACGGAGGCGGAGCAGAUGGGACCCGCCUCCUACCGAUGGAGAUGCUGAUCAGAAUGGGGGUAAAAAGAGGAAGUCUCGUUGGGCGGACGACGAGCCGAAACCCGUGUUUCAGUUGCCGGAUUUCAUGAAGGAUUUUACUGGAGGUAUGGAUAUGGAUCCUGAAAUUCAGGCUUUGAAUGCAAGGCUUAUGGAAAUUAGUAGAAUUUUACAGUCUGGACAACAGUUAGAUGAUCGUCCGGAAGGUGCUAGGUCUCCUUCGCCGGACCCGAUAUAUGAUAAUAUGGGAACCAGAAUAAACACUAGAGAAUUUAGGGCGAGGGAAAGGCUUAACAGAGAGAGACAAGAGAUUAUUUCGCAGAUUAUUAAAAGAAAUCCUGCGUUUAAGCCCCCUGCUGAUUAUAGGCCUCCGAAGCUUCAGAAGAAGCUGUAUAUACCAAUGAAAGAAUACCCUGGUUAUAAUUUUAUCGGACUUAUAAUUGGGCCGAGAGGUAAUACGCAGAAGAGGAUGGAAAAGGAGACUGGAGCUAAAAUCGUUAUACGGGGGAAAGGCUCAGUGAAAGAAGGCAGGUUUGGGCAAAAGCGUGAUUUGAAGUUUGAUCCUUCUGAAAACGAAGAUUUACAUGUUUUAGUGGAAGCAGAGACACAGGAAGGGCUUGAAGCUGCAGCAGGGAUGGUGGAAAAGCUAUUGCAUCCUGUUGAUGAAGGAUUGAAUGAACAUAAAAGACAGCAGCUGCGUGAACUUGCUGCUCUGAAUGGAACAAUAAGAGACGACGAGUAUUGUAGAUUGUGUGGUGAACCUGGGCAUCGUCAAUUUGCCUGCCCCUCCCGCAUGUCAACUUUUAAGAGCGAUGUGUUGUGUAAGAUCUGUGGAGACGGAGGACACCCAACCAUUGAUUGCCCUGUGAAAGGGACUGCAGGAAAGAAAAUGGAUGAUGAGUAUCAGAAUUUCUUGGCAGAACUUGGCGGGACCCUUCCAGAAGGUGUCACCAAGCAAAGCACACCAUUGCCAAUCAUGGGUUCUUCCACGAGCAAUCCACCAUGGGCACCCAGCACAAACGGAGGAGGAAGCAGUAGUACAGGAACAUCUGCACAUCCGGGUCUAGGAAGCAAUGUAGCAAAACCAGGAGUCGGUUUUGGUCUUGGUCUUGGAAUUGGUAAAGAAAUCGAUGAUACCAAUCUGUAUAUCGGGUACCUGCCUCCGACUUUCGAAGAUGAUGCCCUGAUUCGGUUGUUUUCACCAUUUGGGGAGAUAGUAAUGGCAAAGGUGAUUAAAGACAGGGUCACUGGGCUGAGCAAAGGUUAUGGUUUUGUCAAGUAUUCUGAUAUAUCUCAGGCCAAUCAAGCCAUUGCUAGCAUGAAUGGUUAUCGUCUGGAUGGAAGAGUAAUUGCAGUAAGAGUUGCAGGAAAGCCACCCCAACCUACUGUACCCCCUGGUCCUCCUGCGCCCACUUAUCCUGGCGGGUAUCCAUCUCAGCAGAUGACUGCGCCACCGCCUGGGAGUUAUAUGACUGCCCCAGUUCCAUGGGGACCACCACCACCGCCUCCUCCUCCUCCUUAUGCUGCUUAUGCUCCUCCUCCGCCUCCUCCUCCUCCUGGAUCGAGCAUGUAUUCAUCCUACCCAAGCCAACAACAGAUCCCCUCUUAUGGUGUUCAAUAUCCUCCUCCUCCUCCUCCUCCUCCACCUCAGAACAAGAGCGUUAUUACAUCAACUACUACUACUACUACUAAUACUGAGGCCCAAGCCCAACAAAGCUACCCAAAUAAUAUGAAUGCACCUCCUGCACAGUCCCCAUCCCAGUCUAGUAAUGUUUAUGGGACAACAACAACAACACCAAACACCCAAACUGCAUAUCCUUACUCUUCUUAUUACACUCAGUCAGUAGUUGAGCAGCAAAGUUUUGCAGCUGCACCCUGGUCUUUAAAUCUCUCUGCAGACCAAACUCAGCAAACUACUUAUGGCACAGACCCUGAGUAUGACAAGUUUAUGGCUGAGAUGAAAUGAAUCUUGCUUCUACUUCUUCUGCAUAUGCAUCGACUAUGGAGGGGAGGCAUGAGCUGCUUUGUAUUUGUAAAUUGUAAUUUUAAUCAAAGUCUGACAGUGUUACUUUUUUUACAGCUGUUGUUGCAUGCUAACAAUGGCUACUGUUUUUAAGUCAUUAUUGGGUUAUUUGACCUUUUUUCUUGUAAGACUUAAGAGUUAAGAGUGGAUUUGUUUUUCUUUGUACAAGAGCUGUUAGUUUUGUUGAAAGUAAAAGACUAGCAAUGAGAUAAAUACUGAAUUUGUGGCUUGGUUUUUGAAUAAAGAAAUGGAAAAGUUAUUGGAAUGGUUGGUGCAGGGGGGGGGGGGGGGGGGCUUUGAAAGGAUGAAUUUAUGGUGAUGGAUGAGAUAGGAGUGAAUAGGCAGUUGUAAUGUAAUGUAUGAUUUAUGAUAUGAGAUAAGAUAUGUAGGUGAAUUAGUUGAUAACGAUUCUUCUUGUUUAUGGUGGAUAUUGUUUGGCAGGUUUCUUGGAGCUUUCAACCAAACCAAACCAAACCAACCUAAUUUGUUUGGUUUCUGAAUUCUGAGUGACUCAAGUUUCAGA